AACGCAAAGCUAGUUUUCUAGGAGUGGUUACAGUAUAAAUAGACACACGGGGUACAAUAGGACAACAUAGGUAGCGUACUCCUGCACUUGAACAUGAUGCUGCGGACAACAUGGGCUCUCUUAUUGGGUAUAUUACUCACAAGUAAAGAUGGUGUGAAAGCUCAAGUGGGCUGUGGAGAGGCACCACUAAACUCAAGGAUUGUCGGGGGUGACGAUGCCGCGGAAGGCACCUGGCCUUGGCAAGUCAGCAUGCACUACAACGGGUUUCACAUAUGUGGGGCAACUGUGAUCAACGAGGAAUGGAUCCUCACGGCGGCCCACUGCAUUUUAAGCACAAAUCUUGAGCCCUGGCGCCUCUACUUUGGAAAACAGAAUCAGAGCGACACCAGUCCCAAUGAGGUCAACCGCACUGUGGCACGGAUCAUUGUUCAUCCCGACUACAAUAACUCAACCUUUAACAACGACAUAACUGUCAUGAAGCUUAGCAGCCCCCUCAAUUACACUGAAUACAUCAGACCCAUCUGCAUGGCAAGUAAGGACAGUAAAUUCAACAACGGCACCAUGUGCUGGGGCAGCGGCUGGGGCAGACUGGGGGCUGAUCAGCCAAAUGUGGGCUUUGAAAGGCUACAAGAAGUUAAGAUUCCAAUUAUUGGAAACAACCAAUGUGGCUGCAGCUACAGCUUUGUGGAAAACGUUGGCGUCAACAGCAAUAUGAUAUGUGCUGGGCAGGAGGGUAAAGGAAUAUGCCAGGGUGAUUCAGGCGGUCCCCUGCAAUGUAAACAAGGCUCAGUAUGGGUACAGGCGGGCCUGGCCAGUUUCGGUGUACCAUGCGCUACCAAGGGUUUCCCUGAGGUGUUUGCCCGAGUGUCGUUUUUCCAGGACUGGAUUACAGCGCAAGUGGAGGGGGCCGACAUUAGUUUUGUAGAAUUCACCUCGACCGGUGGUGACCAAGACGAUAACUUCGAAUGUCCAUUUAUAGAGGAUUCAUCCACUGCACUUCUUUCAAGUCUUAGCCUCCUGCUCUUGGUGCUGACUAUUCAAGCGUUGUGACUGACUUAUGACACAAUGUAAUUAUUUUAAGAAAAAAAAAACAUGAUUUUAUGAAAAACUAAAUUUUUCAUAUAUAUUUUCUAUAAAUCACCUUCAAUUACAUUUCUUUCUAUAAGAUUUCGAUCCAAUGAUUCUUCUCCACAGAGCCCACGUUAUACAUAAGCCAAGUGAAUUUUAUCAUUCAUUGUAACAACACUGUGAACGUUUUUGCAGUCUUAUUUAAUAUUUUUUAAUAAACUUGGAAUUCAUCAAAUAUAACACAUUGUAUAAAGACAAAAUUGCACUGAUGACCCUCCGGGAUAUUAAAGUUGAAAUAAAGAACAAAUGAUUAAUCGACAAUCGAAACCCAAAUUUGUGUCAGAUUUGUAGUUGUUGCAAAAACAAAUUGCUUACAAUGAUUUACUAUUUACCAGAUUAUAUUUCAGAUGGAAAUUAGAGAACAAUCUUUCAUUGCAGUAAUUACUUGUACUUAACAAGGCGCGGCUACCAUUAAUUUGUUUUUUUUUAUAUAACCAAACAAAAUGCAACACUUAAAAAAAGAUCAAAUUAAAACAAAAUAAAUCAGGGCGAGGUGAACUCUAGUGUGUUACACUUUUUUUUUUCAUGUGCACCUAAGAGGUUGUGCAAAUUUACAGUGAGGGCACUUGGCUUGCUGUUCUUGUCAGGGCC